AUGAAGAUACUAAUCACACACGUAUUUUCUUUCAGCAAUACCGUGGAAAAUAAAAUGUUGCCAGGAAAUGGGCAGCUAUCAGUUCCCCCAGGUUUCCGAUUCCAUCCAACAGAUGAGGAGCUUCUGUACUAUUACCUGAGGAAGAAGGUCUCCUAUGAAGCUAUCGACCUCGAUGUUAUCAGGGAAGUGGAUCUCAACAAACUUGAGCCUUGGGACCUCAAAGAUAAAUGCAGAAUUGGAUCCGGCCCUCAAAACGAGUGGUAUUUCUUCAGCCACAAGGACAAGAAAUAUCCAACAGGAACUCGAACAAAUCGGGCAACUACAGCUGGUUUUUGGAAGGCUACGGGGAGGGACAAGGCUAUCCACCUCUGCAACUCCAAGAAAAUUGGCAUGAGGAAAACCCUAGUUUUCUACACGGGGCGGGCUCCUCAUGGCCAGAAGACUGAUUGGAUCAUGCAUGAGUAUCGCUUGGACGAUGAUGAUUCUGAUGUUCAGGAAGAUGGCUGGGUUGUCUGCAGGGUAUUCAAGAAGAAGAAUCAUAACAGAGGAAAUUUUCAACCAGAAUUUAGUCAAGAAGAAAGCUUCACUCACAUCAAGACUGUUGCUUCUUCAGCGCAACUGGAGACAAGGCAUAAUCAUUUGCAGGCACUAUAUGAUUUUUCCCUUGAUGGCUCCAUGCACCUCCCGCAAUUAUUUAGCCCAGAAUCAGCUGUUGCUUCUUCUUUUAUAUCGCCUGUCUCUUUGAACUCCACGGAUAUCGAAUGCUCUCAAAACUUAUUGAGGUUAACAUCGAGUGGCGGUUGUGGACUCGUGCAACAAGAGAGGUACAAUGGUGAAUGGUCUUUCUUGGACAAGCUUCUAGCAACUCAUCAUCUGAGCAUGGAUCAACAGCAUUCCCAAGGCAAAUGUAGCCCUUCCUCGCAAGUUGAUGUCGGCACUUCAACUCAAAAAUUCCCAUUCCAAUACCUCGGCUGUGAGGCUGACAUUCUGAAAUUUUCAAAGUAG